AUGAGAUCAUCAACGAAUAUCAGGACUACCGCCUCCCUCACUCGUUACUUUCCAGAAACCCUAAAACGCUCCCAAUUUUCUAUGCUCUCUGAUUUAUCUCCUCACUCGUUUGCUCUUGAAACCCUAAAAUGCUCCCACUUCCUCUCGAAUUCCAUGGCUAUGGACCCUGAUGUAGAACAAAUGGUUGUCCAAAAGGCAGGAGAUGAUGGUCAACCCAUCGUUUUCCAAGGAGCUUCUCCUGUCCGUGAUGGACAACCUGUGGAUGUGGAAGUGGAAGGAAAUAAUGACCCUGUUGCUGUACCAACGACUAAUGUGGAAGCAAAUAUUAAAAAAAGGAAAGAAGGGCAACAAAGAUCAGUGGUAUGGGAGCAUUUUGACACAAUUAAAGACAGCAAAGGUAUCAUUAUUCAAGCGAAGUGUCGCUACUGUGCUCGCAUAUAUAAUUGCCAUGCUAAAAAGAAUAGUACUUCUACACUUAGAAGUCAUUUGAUUAGAUGCACUAAGCACCCACAUAGUAUAAAAACUAGGCAUGCUUUGUUAUCUUUUCAACCUGUAAAUGUGGAAGCUGGAUCUGCUGGUCAUGAAAUGUUUUCUGUUGCUGCAUGGAAGUUUGACCAAGAACUUACUAAGAAAGUUGUUGCAUACAUGAUAAUUGUCGAUGAAUUGCCUUUUAAGUUUGUUGAGAAACAGGGGUUUAGGCGAUUAAUGAGUCUUGCUUGUCCUAUGUUCAAAAUGCCCUCUAGGUGGACUGUUAAUAGGGACUGUUAUAGCCUGUUUGUUGAGGAGAAAUUAAAGCUGAAACAAUUUUUUAAAACAAAUUCUCAAAGGGUUAGUUUUACAAGUGAUUCAUGGACAUCUAAUCAGAGAUUGAAUUACAUGUGCAUUACUGCUCAUUUUAUUGACAAUGACUGGAAGUUACAUAAAAGGAUUAUUUCUUUUGUUCCUUGUUCUAGGCAUAAGGUGGGGCCUAAAGAAUGUUUUCUCUAUUACUUUGACAAUGUUGAAAAUAAUACUGCUGCUAUGGUGUUUUUUAUGAAAAAGAUGUUGAGUUGGGGCACUACACCAAUUAGACGUUUGAAAGAGUCUGGUCCAUCUUUUGAGAAGGUUAGAAAGGUUGUUAGAUAUAUAAAGAACGCACCUCUUAGGCUAAGCAAAUUUAAAGAAUGCAAAGAGACAGUUGAUAAUCAAUGUAAGGUUUCUUUAUGUCUUGAUGUCCCAACUAGAUGGAAUUCAACAUACUUGAUGUUAAAUACUGCUUGUAUGUAUCAAAAAGUAUUUGAAGAAUUUGAUGCUGUGGAAGCAUGUUACAGAAAAGAUUUGGGUGAUAAUGUGCCAAAUUCACUUGAUUGGGAAAAUGUUAGGCAAUUAUAUACCAUGUUAGAAUGUUUUUACAAAAUGACCUUGAGAAUUUCUGGUUCUCUGUAUGUCACUUCUAAUAACCAUUUAAAUCAGAUUUCUGACUUGUCUACCAUUUUGCAAGACUGGGUGGGUUCUAGUGAUGAGUCAGUAAGGUCUAUGGCGAUUAGAAUGAAAUCAAAAUUUGAUAAGUAUUGGGGUGAGCCAUUAGUAAUGAAUAAGCUGAUAUUCUUUGCUAAUAUUUUAGAUCCUCGUGAUAGAAUUGUCUACAUGGAAUAUACUUUGACUCAAAUGUAUGGUUCUCAUGAUGGUAAAUGGUUGUAUAAUUGUUUGAUGGAGGAUUUGCUUGAGCUGUUUAAUGACUAUGAUGUGGUUUAUAAGAAAGAACUGGCUAUUAGUGGUCAGAAUACUGUCUCACCAGAAACUCUUGGCCAAUCCUCCCAAGCAAAUUCUGUUUUAAAGGAGAGAUUUCUGCAGCAAAUGAUGGAGAGUGGUGGUGUAAGUGGAAGCAAGAAAUCUGAAUUGGAUAUAUACCUUAGUGAGGCAGUAGUUGCAAAUGAUUUGAAAUUUGAUAUUCUGAAAUGGUGGAAGUUUAAUUCUGAGAGAUUUCCUGUCCUCUCUAGAAUGGCUCGUGAUAUACUUGCAGUACCAGUUUCCACAGUUGCUUCAAAAUCAACAUUUAGCACUGGUGGAAGAGUGCUUGAUGAUUUCAGAUCUUGUCUGACUCCUAGAAUUGUGGAGGCAUUAAUAUGUACUCAGGACUGGCUGAGAGACCAAUCCAAACCUGUUUUAGUUGAGGAAACAUUGGAGGAGCUAGAGAAAUUUGAAGAAGGUUUUCAAGACCCAACUAAUGCUAUGAAUGAUAACUGUUUGUCCUUAUGUCCCUGUUUUAUUUACUUGAUGUUUAUUUCUUCUGGGCAUGCUGCUGGUGGAUGUUUGUCCAUGUCUUCCUCUGAUUUCUGGGCCUGGUGGAAGCCUUUGCUGCUUCUGUUGUUUAUUGGAUACAUUUCUGAAAUCUGA